GGACCGCGUACCCGAGAAAUAGACUCUGUAUAUUCCACAGGGCUAGACUGUAUACCCGCGAGCAGCGAGUGCAUCCAAGAAACAGCGCCAAAAUGUCGAUAAAGUCAGUAUUCUCCCUCCGCUACCAGACUCGCUGGAGCUGCAGUAUACUCUUCUAUUCUGCAAGUCCAUACUGGGAGCUCGGACUGUCGAUCCCAGGCACGCUGCGGAUAUGCCCAAGGGCAAGGCUAACAAACGCAACAACAGUUGGGUGAUGCUGGCUGAGUCCGGCGGAUAUACUCCUCUUCCCGGCGAACAGACUCUCUUUACCAGUCCUCCGCGAACGACGUUGUCAUUACGAACUCCCAGUCGCAAUCCUCCGAGCCAGGCAUACUCGCUCAACUGCAGCUCGGGCACAGCAUACCUCACGAACCGCAGAAUCAUCUACCUCCCUUCCACACGGACACCGCAGUUCCAGUCCUUCACCGUCCCCAUCCUCAACGUUCACGAUUCACGCGUCACGGCUCCUUGGUUCGGAGCCAAUAAAUUCGAAGCAGUCAUACAACCGGUACUAGGCGGAGGCAUACCCCCAGAACAUGCAGCACUCGAACUCAGCAUGGAGUUCAAGGACGGCGGCGCUUUCGACUUCUCUUCCAUAUUCGAGAGACUCAAGGAGCGGCUAAGGCAAGCGGUCGAAGUAGCCAGGGAGAGUGGCCUCGCAACAGGCGAUGGGUCUGAGACGGGAGGCGGUCGAGGAGGCGGAGCGCUGGCAGGAGUAAAUCUGGAUAACGUACAUCUGGAGGAUCUGCCUGCAUACGAGGAGUCGCCUCGACAACCGCAACAUUCAUUUCCCACGUCGCCAGUUACCACGAGUGUUCCGGCAGUGUCUUCCCCUGCAACUGUACAGAGCCAGAGCGCAAGCCCACCGGAUGAUCCACAUACGCAAGAUUCAUUUGUGCCGCCAUCAGAACCCCCGCCAGGAUACGAGGAAGUCCAGAGGGAGAGCUUGAUAGAUGCCAUCAGAGAGAAUCUGCGGUUCGGAGAGGAACGGUCAAACGUGGAUUGAUUCAAUGCAAGAGCAUGGCGCUUGGGAGUGUUUAUGAUCUAAUGUAACUUUAAUGAACCCGUCGGGAGGAGACAUGCAGGAAGAGGUGUUAUUUGGGCGUCUCAGGCUAAUAAGAGUCUGUCUUGAGUCAUGAAC